AUAAAUUUUAUGUAGGAUCAGCAGGUUGCCUGCGAAAUCAAGACACGUGAGAUUGGGGGUAGGAGAACUGUGGCUUGAACAGGGACAUGUCAGGCUUGCUGCAACUCUACCAUGUCUAGCGCCAAUGUCUCCGAGUUCUUCCUCGGAGGCGUGGCGGCCUGCGGGGCCUGCCUCUUCAGCAACCCUCUGGAGGUGGUCAAGACGCGCAUGCAGCUGCAGGGGGAGCUAAAGGCCCGGGGCACCUACCACCGGCACUACCGCCACGUCUUCCACGCCUUCUACACCAUCGGCCGGGUGGACGGGCUGCGGGCGCUGCAGAAGGGGCUGGUGCCUGCCCUCUGGUACCAGCUCUUCAUGAACGGGGUGCGGCUGGGCAGCUACCAAUGCCUGGUCAACCUGGGACUGACCAGGAAUGCCAAGGGGGAAGUCAGCGUGUUGCGGAGCGUGGCGGCAGGGGCAUUUGCAGGCUGCACGGGGGCAUUUAUCAGCAGUCCUUUCUAUAUGGUAAAAACACACCUGCAGGCGCAGUCCCACAGCGUUAUAGCUGUGGGUUACCAACACCAGCACACCAGCUUCACAGCUGCAGUUCUGCACAUCUUCCGCGAGGGCGGAGUUACCGGCUUAUGGAGGGGGGCCACUGCUGCCAUGGUGCGGGUGUCCUUCGGCUCGGCUGCACAGCUCUCGACAUUCUCAACUUCUAAAGAAAUGGUUUUAAAAACGAAUUUCUUCCACCCCCAAAGUGUCGCCGUCCCGCUCUUCGCCAGCAUGGCCAGCGGCGUGGCAGUAGUGUGCGUCAUGACGCCCUUCGACGUCAUCAGUACACGGCUGUACAACCAGGGCCUGGACACCGGCGGGAAGGGCGUGUACUACAGCGGCUUUGCCGACUGCCUGGCCAAGAUCUACAAGAAGGAGGGGCUCUUUGGCUUCUACAAAGGCUGGUCAGCGUCCUGGUUUCGGACUGCCCCUCACACGGUCCUGAGCCUCCUGUUCUGGGAUGAGGCCAGGAAGCUCUACAAGAAACUGAAAGGUCUGGUAUGAUGGCUUUAUGCACAGCCGCCUGAGGGCACCAUAUAUUGGCUCAUAUUAUAAACCUUUUUUUGUCACCAUUUUGUACAUCUGGAUUUUUCAAUGGCUAAUGCAUGUUUUAAAAAAUGUCGUGGGUAAUCAAGGCUAGUGUAAAGGUUUUAGCUUUGAAUUUUUUUUUUUGCAAAUUGAGGAAUUAAUUCGUUGCAAUGUUUUUAAUUGUUACUACUUGUACAAAUACAAAAAGCUUAAAGGCACCCUCAGGUGGCUGUGCAUAUUUCGUAGGAUUUUUAUUUCCUGGUGUUUAUUUGCCAAGGCUGUGUAUAGACUGUAAGUGAACACAGGUAUUCCCUCUAGUUUACCACACUCAGGAGGUGAAGAGCUGUUAAAAGACCUACAUGUACAUGUAUCCAAUGUGAUGUGUCAGAUUACCUCACAUUGCAUAUUCCUUCUAUCAGGUUUGAGACCAUUUCCAGUACUCAACUUCAUAUCUGUUUCAGGCUUUUCCAUCUAUGAUCUUUGUUUUUUUAACUACUGACUUUGAAGUUAAUAGCUCAGUAGUAAGUAAAGUAGUGCCAAAGGAACAUCACGUAACUUGCAAAAGAGCUAAUUUGAAUGUUUUAGGCUCGCAGUCGGGGAUUAAUUUGAUAGACAAAGCGUUAGAUGGAGACGAUGUCAAGUAUUGGAAAAAUGGCUUAGAAAAGGAUAGAUAGAUAACUCAUCCACUUUGGGAUUUUCUGUUUCGUUACUUUUUUUUUUUAUUUUAAUGUACUGUACAAAGAAAUUGGAGUAAUCUGGGAAAUGACAUGCUUAGAAUUGCAGUGAAAUGAUUUACCAAAUUGAAAUUAAAGACGUUUAACCCAUAUGGUUUCCAUCCGUGUCACCUAUAAUCAAACUCAGUUUGGCACAGCGAGUCACAAGUUGACUCCUAUUGUGUAACAUAGGUUUUUAAUGCCCCCCCCCAUUCGGGUUGAAACCUGUUUUCAAAAUGUCAAUCUCACAGUAAUCCAUAAUGUUGUAAUAGUUGGAAGUAUCCUACCAAAGGAGUUGUCAUUGCUGGGAAAAUGGCGCCCUCUCUUGAUCAGGGCCCAUAGAAACAGAACUACAUUUCUUUGAUUCUUUUAGAUAACAUUCGCGAUCAUUUCAAAACAAAAUUCCAAUUCUUUUCCUACACCCCAUACCAACUCGAAACUUGGAGAUAUUGUAGAAUCCCUAGAAAGACAAAAAAUUUAGAUUUGUAUUAUUUUAAUGAAUCAGUGAUUUCUCAAAAUAAAAGAUUGUUUAUACCAUAACCAUUUCAUUCCUGAAUGUGCUUCGUUGGAUAGUCUUUUUUAGUUUUUUUUACGUGUGACAAAAUGCAUAACAUAACGCCUUUCAUAACGGGCAAAUUAUCUGGUAGAAAUAUUUUCGUCAGAUUUUGCAUUAAAAAGGGGAAAAAAAUCACAGCCUGCCUAUUCACUAUACAUGUAUGUUGUACAACUUUAUACUGGAAUAUCCUGGAUCUUCAUAGAGUAGAUUUUCAGAACUUGCUCUCUCAAAUACUUUUCAACUGACAUUAUUUUAUAAUUUACCGUGUACGCAACAUGGUUCAGUUCUUAGAAUUGCUUUAGAAAUGCAUGUUGUCUAUUUGCAGCUCCUGCUGGUUCUGUUGCCUUUUUAAAAUAACAUUACCUCGAGUUUAAAAAGUUGCUAAAAAGGGAGUGAUACAGUUGAUAGUACACGGCAUUCUGAGUCCAGAACUUGAUGUUUUAAUCCAGUUUUUUUUUUUUACUUUUAUUUACAAUCCUUAAGUUUAACAUUAAGUUAGAAUACAUGCUUGCUAAGAGGCAUGAGUGGCCCAGUGGUUAGGACAUUGGACUCUGAACCAUAAGAUUGAAGGUUCAAGCCUUGGGAGGAGUUGUUUUUUUUUUAACCCAUAUUCCUGAUUUUUAUGUUUAAGAUUAAGUUCGAACACAUGUUAGUUAAGAAGAGUUAGUGGUCUGGUUGGUUGGAUGCUGGACUUUCAACCAGAAGGUCCUAGGUUCAAAUCCUGGAGUGGGCAGUUGUCAGUUUUUUUUAAAUGUUCUAAUUUUAGAAUGUAAAAUAAGCAAAACUUCUUCUCCAAGCUAGCUCAUUCAGCUAGCUUGUUGUCCCUGCUGGGGUUUGAUCCUGCUUUGGGAGAGGGUUCUCCAUCACGAGGCGGAAUCCUAACCUGUUGAGCCACUCGGGUUCCCCCAAUGUUAAGAUGCUCAUUUGUUAUAUAUAAAGAUUAGGUUUAUACUUAGUCAAUUUCACCCAUCCCUGAUGACUGUGCAAAACAUGGAGGUGCAGUAUUAACGUAAUUACCAACGUUUGACAAGGGAUGGAGAUAUUGGGCAGAUUAUGUGAUUCAGGAGUAAUGGACAAGCUAAAAAAAAGUUGGCUGAAAAAAACAGGGGCGGCAGUGAAAUUAAAACCAACUAUUAAAAACUCACAGGUACUUGAAACACAAGGUGGAAUUCCUUGUAAUAUACACAGAGAAAGGUUUAUUUACAUUUCGAAACAUGAAAGUUUAAUGAAUACAUAAAUAUGACCUGUUAACAGUU